GCACACUGCUUUGCAUGGCUGUGCUGUGCACAGCCAUGCAAAGCAGUGUGCUUACAGUAAAGCACUAACACACAGCCCCUAGUAAAACAGCACACAGUUAACCCUUUGAUCGCCCCACAUGUUAACCCCUUCCUGCCCAAUGCCAUUAGUACAGUGUCAGUGCUUUUUAUUAGCACUGAUCACUGUAUUGGUGUCACUGGGGAUGUCAGUGAAACCAAGUCAGUUCCCCCCAGUGUCAGAAUGCCCACCGCAGUCCAAUAGUUGAGCUAUAAGUCACUGAUCACUGCCAUUACUAGUAUAAAAAUA